AUGAUAUUUUCAACUUUAGAACAUAUAUUAACUCAUAUAUCUUUUUCAGUCGUGUCACUUGUAAUUACAAUUCAUUUGAUAACUUUAGUAGUUGAUGAAUUCGUCGAAUUAUAUGAUUCGUCAGAAAAAGGCAUGAUAACUUCUUUUUUCUGUAUAACAGGAUUAUUAGUUACUCGCUGGAUUUUUUUGGGGCAUUUACCAUUAAGUGAUUUAUAUGAAUCAUUAAUCUUUCUUUCAUGGGCUUUUUCCAUUAUUCAUAUGAUUCCGUAUUUUAAAAAACAUAAAAAUUAUUUAAGCGCAAUAACCGCCCCAAGCACAUUUUUAACCCAAGGGUUUGCUACUUCAGGUCUUUUAAUUAACACGCAUCAAUCCAAAAUAUUAGUGCCCGCUCUUCAAUCCCAGUGGUUAAUGAUGCACGUAAGUAUGAUUACUGGCUAUGCAGCUCUUUUGUGUGGAUCAUUAUUAUCAGUAGCAUUUCUAGUAAUCACAUUUGGAAAAAUCAUAAGAAUCCUUGAUAUUGAUAAAACCAAUAAUUUAUUAAAUGAUUCAUUCUUUAGUGAGAUACAAUAUAUGGCGGAAAGGGAGAGUCCUUUAAGAAAUAUUUCUUUUCUUUCUUCUAAGAAUUAUUACAUAUUUCAAUUGAUUCAACAAUUAGAUGAUUGGGGUUCUCGUAUUAUAAGUAUAGGGUUUAUCUUUUUAACCAUAGGUAUUCUUUCAGGAGCAGUCUGGGCUAAUGAAGCAUGGGGGUCAUAUUGGAAUUGGGAUCCCAAGGAAACUUGGGCAUUUAUUACGUGGACCAUAUUUGCAAUUUAUUUGCAUACCCGAACAAAUAAAAAUUUGGAGGGUUUAAAUUCCGCAAUUGUCGCUGCUAUGGGUUUUCUUAUAAUUUGGAUAUGCUAUUUUGGAGUUAAUUUAUUAGGAAUAGGCCUGCAUAGUUAUGGUUCGUUUACAUUAACAAUUAAUAUAUAAUUGAAUUGAAGAAAGGGUCUAACGAAUGCAACUUUAUAGGACAGCAAAGCAUAUAUACAAGAAGCUUCAGGUAAGCCGUUGAGAACUUUUUGAAUCAAGUAAUCUAAUGGUUCAAAAAGUUCUCACACAUCCCAAAAAUUAAGUUACAAUUCCGUUUUUUUUACUUUAAUUUAAGAGACGAAAAAAGAGAAAGAAGUUUUUAUCCU